AUGGAAUUCAAGAUUUAUAACAAGCGCUACACACCGCCACACUUCUCAUACGCCGCCGUCGUCAUCGGCACUAGCAACACCAAUCAACAGAUUCCGGUCGCUCAAACACCACUUGCUCAAGCUGUUUCUGAGGAAAUUCCGCAGAGGAAUCAGACGCAGAGAAGCUACAACUCAGAAGAAAUGGACAAUCCAUUCUUCCUCAGCCCCAACGACAGUCCCUGUACCAUCCUUGUCAACCUGCCAUUGUCAGGGAGCUCUAACUAUGGCACUUGGUCGGUCUCUAUGCGGAUGGCCCUGGAGAUAAAAAACAAAUGGGGCUUGGUUGAUGGCAGCAUCGUGACGCCUAGCAGAGACGAUGCUCAAUACCUAGCCUGGAGGCGCUGCAAUUUGAUAGUCUGUUCUUGGCUAUUCAAAUCUGUAGACACAACAAUCGCACAAAGCAUCAUACAUUUUGACAAAUGCAGAGAUAUUUGGGAAGAUUUGCGAAAGAGAUUCUCGCAAUGUGACGCUCAGCGGAUUUCGAUUCUGCAAAGUGAAAUAUACAAUCUGAGACAAGGAACUCUUUCGAUCAGUGAUUACUACACGAAAUCAUGCACACUGUGGGAACAGAUGAAUACACUCAGAUCGAUUCCAAUCUGUCGAUGCAAUCCGAGGUGCUCAUGUGGUCUCACUGCUGAAGUCAGAAAAGAAAGAGACACAGAUAAGGUGUUUGUCAUGGCCGAGAAGCUAGAAAGACAGAUUAAUUUUGCCAAUUUGAGUCUAAGGAAUCUAGACAUUAGCCAUGCUAAUGCAGUACAGAAUGUCCCAAACGAAGAACUCAUAUCUGCUGUGAACAAUUAUAAUGAAACACGGUUACCCCCCGGUUGGGUGCCGGGUUUCAAGUCUAAAGGAAAGCAGCAGGUUGCAGGAGCAGUCACAAACAAUGUAGGAGAUCUGGGAAUCUCAUCUGAUCAACUAUUCAAAAUCAUGAGCAUCCUUCAGCCACAAACUGGACAAUCUUCUGGAACCACUAGUCCUAACACAAGUGCUGCAGUUCAUCUUACACCCACAUUUGAUGAACAACAGCUCAAUGAUGAAGGAAAGUCUUCUAUACUACAUAUUAACUCCCUUGCUCUUUGCUCGUCCACUUGGAUUCUUGAUUCCGGUGCUACAAACCACAUUGUAUGCUCCCUUGAUUUUAUGGUUAACCGGCGAAUAACAAAAGGGACAGAGGUAAAUUUACCUACUGGUCAAUGUGUUCCUGUUACCCACAUGGGAGAUGUGAAAUUGAAUGAUGCUUUAUGGCUCAAAGAUGCAUUAUGUAUACCUUCUUUCAAAUUUAACAUUGUCUCUGUCAGCAAGCUGGUGCAACACACAAAAUAUAAAUUGAUUUUUAUGGAUGGGCAGUGCUCGAUUCAGGAGAAAUAUGGGCAGAAGGUUGGUUUAGCUAAGCAUGAUAGAGGUCUAUACAUCUUGACAGAUCCACCAUCACUCGUGGAUGCAUGA